AUGAAGGAUUUGAAAACAUUAACAAAAGAUGAAUUGUUUGGAAUCCUCACAGCCUAUGAAAUGAGGAGAGAAGACAAACUAGCACAAAAAGAGGUAUCUUUCAAAGCAUCAAAGAAGGGCAAGAGAAAAAAUCAUACACCAAAAGAAAGCACAAGAAGUGAAUUAGAUGAGGCUGAAGCUUAUUUCAUGAGAAAGUUCAAAAAGGGCAAAGGCAAAUACAAAAGCAAAUUCCCAUUCAAAUGUUUCAAUUGUGGCAAGGUUGGGCACUAUGCUUCAAAGUGUCCUCAAAAUGAAAGUGAUAGUAGUGAAGAGGAGAAGAAGUGCUAUUCUAAGAAGAAAGGAAAGAAAUACUUCAAGAAGAACUUCUCAAAACAUAAGAAAAACUUCUACUCUAAGCAAAGUUCCAGUUCAUCGGAGGAAAACUCUGAAGAUAUAUCCAGCAGUGAUGGAGAAGAGAUUCUUUUUAUGGCAAUGAAAGUCAAAGAUGAUGAAGAUGAGAAGGAGGAAGGACAAGAGGCUAUGUGUGAUGAAGAAGAUGUAGAUCUUUAA